CCACGUUCUUAACAUUUAGCUGAAGAAAAUUAUAGAGAGAGAGAGAGAAAUUCUUGAAUCCCAAAAAGUGAGGGCCGACCUGAGAUCAAACAAAACCCUAGGCGCACAACCAUGUGGAGAAGACUCUCUACACAGCUCCGAACCCUUGCACCCGCCCGAUCUGUUUACAGACCUCAUCGAUCCAUCACCGGCACCGUCACAUCUUCUCCGUCACCGGCUACUUCAUCACUCCGGCACGUUGUUACUAUUUUUUCUCGCCGCUUUAGUUCCGAAUCAGGAGAAAAUGUUGUCUCGAAGAAGAAAGUUGAGGAUGUAAUGCCUAUUGCGACUGGACACGAGCGUGAGGAGCUUGAAGCUGAGAUUGAAGGGCGGAACAUUUUGGAUAUUGACCAUCCUGUAGGUCCUUUUGGUACAAAGGAAGCACCUGCGGUGAUCAAGUCCUACUAUGACAAAAGAAUUAUUGGCUGCCCUGGUGGUGAAGGCGAAGAUGAGCAUGAUGUUGUUUGGUUCUGGCUAGAGAAAGGGAAGCCACAUGAAUGCCCAGUCUGCUCCCAGUAUUUUGAGCUGGAAGUUGUUGGCCCAGGAGGACCUCCGGGUGGGCAUGGUGAUGAUGACGAUCACUGAUUGCAGCUUGCAAUUUUCCUACCGGAAUAAAAUCUGGUGAGAUGAUGAGACAUUGUUUAGUAUAUUCUGCAGCUUCGGGAUUCAAAAUGUGUUUUGUUUGCUUUUUAUUAGGCCCUUUGUUCUCAAAAUUUGAGUCUGGCAACUCUUCUUUUCCUUUUUGGGAUUUUAAACACGAGCUGAGCAUCUGUUGGAAAAUUAUGAAUUCUCAGUGUUCUACGACGGUUAAUCAAAUAAAUGAUGGCUACAAUUUGGUUCCUUCCGAGACUGCUUGUUUUGUAAGCAAAUUGAGUUGACCGCUAUCAUGGAUUUGGUUUUCUUGUAUUCCAGUUUAUUUUGUUCCAUCAUUACUUAAUAAAUUUGGUAAAGAAGGGAAUUGGCAAGUCCCAUUGGCCUUCUUGUGUAACAGUUCAUAGAUCUUCUCAUCUCUGCUGUCAGUGCUGUGAUAUAUUUUUAGUGUUUGAAUCAGUAGUGUAGGACCCCGUUCAGGAAAGAAAUUACGAA